ACCCCACCGAAGAAGAAGGACUCUUCAGUUGUCGCGCGUCGCAUGAGUUGAUUUAGCCGAGACGUUGUACUCAUGUUAUGCAAGUUGUGAAGACAGAUACGGUAAGGAAGUUUAUUUAAUUUUGAGUACACUUUAACAUGAGUUUCUCGAAGAGGGGUCACAUAGAAUUCCAUCAACUAUCAAGAACUAUCUGACAGGUAUCGCAUUUGACGUUCUAUCGAUAAGUUGAUACUUGGCUAACAUUCAGAAACUAACUUUAAAAAUCCGCAAGGGUACCUAACGUACAUAUCACAGGAGAUGGUGGACUUCUCUUAUAUGUUACUUCUUUUGAAAAAGUGUUCAAGUAACAUGUCUUUCAAAUAAGCAGUCAACCUAGCUAACGUUAACUAGUUCUGACUCCCGACUUGGUGCCUAUGCUGGAGGUGUAGACUGACGAUACAUUCGUAUUGAAGAAAUGUUAGCUGAUUUGAUUAGCUACGUGUAAAAUAAUAUCUAAAAAACUAUCGAUAAGACAAUUAACCGAGUUGCCUAUUCACACUCACUCCAUUAGCUUGUUCGGUACCUUUGCUUGUUUAAUAUGGAAUGGCACAUAUCAGCUAGUUCACUGGAAUGGCACAUUAUUGCACAUCUUUCAAGUUUUUUUUAUUGUUCUUGCGUUACGUUGGUGCAGCAAGUCUAGCCGAAAAAACACAGCGUAAGUCAGCUAGCUACAAUUUUCACCGCAGUUUUUUAUAAAUUGAUUUUAUCCAGUUGCAAUAGACACGCUAGAGUAACUUUAGCUAGCUAACUUAAGAGCUCCGAAUACUCUAGGAACGUCAACAUAUUGUUUUUGGCAAGAAGUUAGUCAGGAAAAUGGCGAGCAUUGUUGGGCUGAAUGGCCUGUUCUCGUCAUUAGGUUAUGUCAAAGAACAGUAGACUCACUGAAACUCAGGCGAGGAAAGAUUUCAUUGUUUUAAGUCCUCAACAAAUCCCAUUCAAUAAAUUUAUGCAAAUGCAUGCAUAACAUUCCGUAGAAAUGAAUCCAAAUUAUAUUGAGGCCACCAUUAACAUUGUAAACGAACAAUAGUCUUGCUUGAUUAAUAAGAAGAAAAUGUAAACUGAAUUUUUUAAAGCUCAGAUCAAAUCCAGGAUGAAUCUAUUCCCAACUGUGUGCACAGUUUGGCAUCCGCCAUUUUGUAGACUUUUGAAUUUGAAAGAAAGAUAAGAGAAAAUACACUGAAACAUAAAACUCAGUAUACACUGCAAGAUGGUGCUAGUUUGAAUGCUCAGUACAUUAUCAGAAUGUUGCAUCAGUUGCCCCAAUGCAUGGAAACUCAUAUUUGUUCGAAAUCAUUGCUGCAUCAUCUGAAAUUAUUAUUGAGAAUUCCCAAUUGAGAGAAAAGGAAAAAUGGGAAUGAAAUGCUGUCAGCCUAAAUAAAAACAAGGUAAGCUUUUCAAAGUUGUAGUUGUGGGUAACCAUGCACCACUGCAGUAAGUACACCAAAGUUUAUUUGGGUUUACUUACUGCAGUGGUGCAUGAUGAGAUUUUUUUUAUUAACAGCAGAAGUGACAUCACUGUUCUUCAAAAACUUAUGAUGCUUUGAGUAUUUUUUUACUAGUGAGCUACUUAGUUGAUACCAGAUAUCUUGCAUAUAAUUUUCAGGGGCAGUGUUAUCUAUAAAAAUGUCAAAAUUAGGGAUGGCACUGAUUGAUCGGCCAUCGGUCAUAAUACUGCAAUUGGCCAUCGGCCGAUAGUUUGAAAACAACCGAUGGUCAGCUCCGAUUAUGUUCUGUCAAUCAAAAUGAAACAAUAGUAAAUUGUUUAUUAUUCAAGAGGUGGUUUUCAUUUGCCUGUCAGAUACAAAAUAAUUGCGCUUCGUUUUCCAUGUUCAGUGUUUCCCACAUGUGAUCACUAACGUGAUUGGUGUAUUGUUUUGGGUGCACCAACAUUUGAUUGGCUUGGGGCAUUUGAGCAGUCAAUAAAACAUAGAUAGAUUAAACCAUUGAUGUCUGCUUUUAACAUGACACCUAUUGACCAAUUAUAACCAAAAUUUACACUCCUUGGAGACUCUUCCGGAUAUUUGCAGUGCUGUGAAUACGUUUUUGCCCCCUUCCUGAUUUCCUCUUACAUAUUUGUCACACUGAAUGGUUUCAGAUCUCUAGACAUGUAAUGUAAUAUUAGACAGAGGGAAUUUGAGUAAAUACAAAACACAUUUUUAAAUUAUUUAUUUAAUGAAAAAAUUCAUCAAACACCAAUGUAAAAAAGUAAUUGCCCCCUUAAACUUAACUGUUUGCACCACCUUUAGUAUCUCUUCUGGAAUUUCCUUUGAUCGUGGGUUAGUGUGCUUGUAGAAACUUUGUGUUAAUGUCUGCAUUCUGAUGAUAAGGUUAUGAGUGAGGUUUAGAUAGGGCUAAACCUCAGAUUUAAUAGGGCUGGCUGCAAUCAAGCCUGUUUGUGUUCAGUCUGCUAAAUCAAAUGAUCAAUUAAAUUUGGUUAACCCCUUCAUGCAAGCUCCCUAGUGGCGAGGAUGCCUGUGUCCUGAGAUUGCUCAACUCAGUUAUUCUGCGCUCCUGCAACAAAACAAUGAGUGAAAACAACAAAGUCUGUGUUAUAGCUUUAUUAGGAGACUAUACACGACAAGUUGCCAAAUACGCAGUUUCUAAGUGUCUCCAUUGUUACAUAGGUUGUCCGUUUAUCAAGCACCCCCUCCCUGCAGUCUCAUCUGCAGCUAUAUCCCCCAUGAAUGACAUGCUGGACAAUAGCAUCUAUCUGGAAGUUCAUAAAAAUAUUCUUUUCACUACCAAAAAUGUAUGUUCCAUCAUAGCAACAAGAUGAAGGCAACAAUAGCCCAAAGGUAUGCCAAUAAAUUUGGUGAAAAAUGCUGCUCACUGAAUAGGGAAAUAAGUGAAGUAAUUAGGCCUAUAAGUAAUUGUAUACCACCUCACUCUAUCAAUGACAACUACUAAAUAUGGUAGAAAUACACAAUCCUACCUUUGGUUUUAAACAUCCUUUUUAAGAUUCAGUGGUUUCAAGAUUAAUUUAUUGUCUUGGCCAAUCCACUUAUAAUCUCUCAUUUGCAAUGCCUGUAUACCUUCUCAGAUAGCUAUGCGGAAAACCACACAUGCUGUUUACGCUGUUGUGGCCCUUUCCAGUUCAUUCCGGUUUGAUCGACAAUUCUUUUAUCCAGUAGAGGACAGUAAGCUUUCCAACAAUGUAUGACGUGUGUCCAAGGAUGUAUGAUGUGUCUAACUUGAUGUCUAGAACUGCGCAACAGUCUGGUCGCAUCUUCACCACUUUACACAUUCAGCCACACUGUUAGCAGAAAUACGUAAAGACAUGCACCAGGUGAGGCGUAAUUAAUGUUUUUAUUUUUCUAAAUUUUUGGGAAAUAUUAUUAAUCUUGAGACGUUCUCAGCAUGGCUUAGGCAUAUCCUCGUCUAGUUGAUAUGGAUAUGGGCAAUGAGUUGGAAGAGAAGAGCAAGGGAGGCUACUCUGAGCCCGACAGCAUUGAUUAUCUUGAGGAGGAUACGUACGAACAUGGCGAAGAUGUCCUUCUUGAUAUUGUUCAAAUGGCAGAUUAUCAGUUGAACUCUGGAGCUGUGACGCACAUACUUGUGGCCCUCUUUGGAAUGGGCUCUUGGGUCUCUGUCAACUCGCUGUGGGUUGAGGUGCCAGUGGUGGUCAAUGUUCUGCCUGAAGGUUGGAACCUGCCUGCCUAUCUCUCUGUGUUAAUUGCCUUUGGAAACAUUGGCCCAGUGAUUGUGACUGUAACACACUACUUUGCACCAAAAAGGCUGAAUGAACAAUUCACUAUCCACGUCAUUCAGGCACUGGCUGUGGUGGCAUCUGCUUUUCUGGCCAUUUUUUGGUCCCAUGUGGUCAGCGUGGCUGGGGAGCUUCACUCUCUGCCUUAUCUCCUGUUGGUAUUUGUGCUGUCAGUUUUUUGCUGUACAUCCAAUGUUACCUUCCUGCCCUUCAUGUUUAGGUUUCCUCCUGAGUACAUCCGAACCUUUUUUGUUGGACAGGGCCUCAGUGCCCUCUUUCCCUGUGUGGUGGCACUGGGACAGGGUGUGGGAAAGCUGGAAUGCCUGAACAGCACCAUGGGAAAUGGCACCCUGGAGCCAUACUACUUCAAGGAAAAUUUUCCUGCCCAGAACUUCUUCUGGUUCCUGUUUGCCAUGCUUGUAUUCUCAGGCCUCUCUUUCCUGGCAUUGACAUUCCAAGUACCUGCUCAGACAGCUGCAGAAGAUGCUAAAGGUGCAGGCUCCUCUAUUUCUAGAGAGGAAGUUGAGGAGAGUCACCCUCUACAGAAUGGAGGCGCGGUAGGGUUGAAUGACCAGGUGGAGGUGGUGAAGCCCCUUGCUGCUGAAACCUUCUGGACAUCACACAACAUCUACUUACUUGUGCUGUUGGGCAUCUCAAAUGCACUAACAAAUGGAAUACUGCCCUCAGUACAAAGCUUUUCCUGUCUACCCUAUGGCACCAUGACUUUUCACCUCUCAGUCAUCCUUGGAAAUAUUGCUAACCCCCUUGCCUGUUUCAUAGCCAUGUUUGUCCUCUGCAGGUCUGGCAUGGUGCUUGGGGCGGUGUCUGCAGUUGGUGGGUUAUUUGCAGUCUACCUCUUGGUUCUUGCCGCCCUUAGUCCCUGUCCUCCUUUCCUAGGUAACAAUAUUGGAAUUGCUUUGGUGGUGACCUCAUGGAUUAUCUUCACGGGCGUCUUCUCCUACGUGAAGGUUGUGAUUGGGUCCCUACUACAUGAAGCGGGACACUCUGCUUUACUAUGGUGUGGGGUCUUCAUCCAGGCUGGCUCACUGAUUGGUGCACUGUCCAUGUUCCCUUUGGUCAGCAUAUACAAUGUUUUCAAGCGGGCACAGGACUGCAUAGACAACUGUAGUGACUAGAACACAAUGCUGGAAGCCGGCUUUGAGGAUUACUUUCACUUUGAGAGGUGAAACCGAGUACAAUAUCCUUUUUGUUAUUAGAUAAAACUGACAUUAAUAACCAUUAGACUUAGGUUUUAACACAGUGUUGUUAGUUAUUUUCAACUAUGAAUCUACCAUAUUUUGUCCUCACUCUCAAAAGAUGCAAUCAUGUUUCUGAGUAUUUGAAUAUGACUCAUGGUUUUAAAAAGUAUUUUGAAACUGUUUUGUACAACUGUCCAUGAUAUAUAUGAUCUUUGAUAAUAUACUCUUUGUAAUAUCUACAAUAUAAAACAAAAUCUAAAGUGAUAUAUACCAUGGUUUUAAAAGAUCUUAUUGACUCAGGAUUAAGGUAACUCUCUUGAACCCACAGAGGAUGUGAAGGAUUGCCACAGUGAAGAAUGUUUUGAAGAAUUUUUACUGCUGCUGAGUUCCACUUGGUGCAGCAGUCAGAAAUGCAUGUAUCCACAUAACACAAAAGUCUGAUGUAAAUUAAACACUACACCUGCUAGUUCAAGAGAUACUGUAUCGAUCUAGUCUAAUAAUAAUAAUAAUAAAUGUCACAGCGAGUGAAAUUAAUUCAUUUUUCAUACAAAUUCAAUCCUGGUUGCCCCUACAAUUAAAUAAUGGACUAUUACGGUGUUGAUAUUACUAAUAAAUUGGUCUGUGCACUUGCUUGUACUUUAAUUCCGCUAACAAAAGUAAUCACUCGCUGGAUCUAAAAUAUUUUGAAAGUAGUCUUCCUGAAAAUGUAUGUCCAACUGAUAAAAAUACCCUAUAGCCUAGAAUAACUUCAUUGUACACUUGGGCACACUGGUCGCUAAAUUGAGAGGUUGUGACAAUGAGCACUGAAUAUGUCUGGACAUUCCAAAGUGGGGAGAAAAGUGCUAGAAAAUGGGAUUUACCUUAAUUUUAUAAUGAUAUUAUUAGCCACACAUAUUGUUAGGCAUACUCAUUUUCAGAUUUUAAUUUUGAAGCCCCCUAGCUACAUACAAAGGCGUACGGAUACUAACGUCUGCUCUGGGCUGUUAAAAGGUUAGUUUCUAUUUGGUAAAUUCUGUAAGUUUCUUUCAUUCCCAUCAGCAGUGCCAUAAGUCAGCUGAUCCUCAGUCUACAACCACCAUCAUACUUCUGCUGCACUGACAGAAAUGUUACAGUAGCUGAAGACUGAAUCUUGCAAGUCUCAAGUUGUAACAUAACGUGUAACAUAACAAGUCAAAUUAUAUUGUAUAAAAUUCAGUUUAAAAGUGUAUAUUUACUUGUAUAAGUGGCAGUGAGUCUUUAAUAAGUGUUGCAGUCAAUUUGCUAAGACUGAUUUUGAGAGGUAUGAUAUGUCAGUGGUCCAUUUGCCAAAUGAGCAGAAAUUUUGAAGAAAAAAAAAAAGAUCGCCAUCUUAUUUUUUUGUUGAAACUUGAAUAUGAAUGAAGAAAGGACCAUGUAAUGCAAAUGAUGCUGUAUAUCUAAUGGGUUUUAUUGUUUGUGAUAUGAAUAAAGAAUGUUCAAGCAGUUCAAAGACA